AUGAUAGCCAGAGAGCAUUCUGCCAAUAUUAAUGCGCAUAUAACAACAGAGGCAAACACACUAUUUCGAAUACUACCAGUAGUCAUACAUUCUGGUCAGGAAAGUGUAUCAACGUACGCCUUCAUAGAUGAUGGCUCAUCUCUUACUCUAAUCGACGAAGAGCUUUUAAAACAGCUGAAUGUAAGAGGAACACCUCAACCACUCUGCCUACGUUGGACUGGCGACACACAUCGGUACGAGAACGAGUCUGUCGUAGCCGACCUGACCAUAUCGGCUGUAAAUGGGCAUAGGCAAUUUUCUCUUAAAGGGGUUCGCUCUGUCAAGAAACUCCAGUUGCCUACUCAAUCGCUCGACGCUAACAAACUACGAUUACAGUUCAAACAUUUGAAAGGAUUGCCAUUGCACUCCUAUUCAAGCGCCAUUCCACAACUGCUGAUAGGCUUAAAUAACGCGGCUCUCGGAUCUCCAAUAAAAUCCAUAUAUGGGGGAGAAAAUGGGCCAAUCGCAGAAAAGUCCAAAUUAGGUUGGACCUUGAAAGGGUUGAUGCAUAAAGACGGUACCGAUCCUAUACACCACGUUUAUCAUAUCUGUGAUUGCUCCGCUCAAGCUGAACUGCUUGAAAUCACCAAAUCGUACAUUUGCCUCGACAACUUAGGUGUGUCAACCAAACAUGUUGCCUUAAUGUCUAAGGAGGAUGAGGUUGCUUUGGAGCAACUACAAAAAUUCACCGUUCGCACUGGAAGCCGUUUCGAGACCAGCUUAUUGUGGAAGCACCCGGGCAUUGAAAUCCCCGAUAGCUUAUCAAUGGCCUUAUUUCGGGCGAAUUGUCUAAGGAAAAGGAUGCAACGAGACCACGAUUUAGCUGAAACUCUUCACACAAAGAUACGCGAUUAUAUUCAAAAGGGGUAUAUCAGACGUUUAGGACCUCUCGACUCCGCCGUCAAAAAAUAUUGGUAUUUGCCGAUUUUCGCAGUUACCAACCCCAAUAAACCAGGAAAGGUUAGACUAGUCUGGGACGCAGCUGCUAAGGUAAAUGGAGUGUCCCUAAACAGCAUGCUGCUGAAAGGUCCAGACCUAACAACUCCUCUACACUCGGUGCUCUUUAAGUUUCGACAAAAGAGAAUUGCUAUGACAGCCGAUAUAGCUGAAAUGUUUCACCAAGUUCUUGUACGACAAGAAGACCAAAACUUCCUACGUUUUCUUUGGUAUGAACCAAACGCCAAUGAGCCGACUACAUUUGCAAUGACAGUUAUGACAUUUGGGGCCACAUGUUCACCAAGCUGCGCGCAAUAUGUAAAAAAUAAGAAUGCAAAAGAUUUUCAAGAGAAAUUCCCUCUUGCUUCAAAGUGCAUUACCGAAAAUCACUACGUCGACGAUAUGUUGGUAAGUGUGGACACCGAAGAAGAAGCUAUUAAAUUAGCUCAAGACGUUCGUCAUGUCCAUGCACUUGGAGGCUUUCAUUUAAGAAAUUUUUUGUCCAAUUCAAGUCGGGUAUUAUCUGCCCUAAACAAGGAUCCGCUCGAUGAGCUAUCUCUCGAUCUUGACUGUGAACUGCCUACUGAAAAGGUUUUAGGCAUGUGGUGGAUUACGUCCAGUGACCAUUUCGCAUUUCGCGUGUCCGCUAAGUAUAGAGAUUCUGACAUAUUUCUUCAUCAAAGGCGGCCUACUAAGCGCGAAGUACUGAGUUUGGUCAUGACUAUUUACGAUCCUCUUGGACUCAUCAGUUUUUACGUAAUAUAUGCCAAGGUUAUCCUACAAGAGAUAUGGAGAGCUGGAUGCGACUGGGAUGUUCAAAUCCCUGAUGACCAAUUUGCCAAGUGGCUAAGAUGGCUCAAACUAAUUCCGAAAGUAGAGAGUCUAAGAAUUCCAAGAUGCUAUAUGGGAACUGUGUUUGGCGGAGUUCCACAAAUCGAAUUACACACAUUCGUUGAUGCAAGCGAAACUAGCUACGCAGCAGUUUGUUACCUUCGAUACUCGUAUGGUGAUACGGUUAGCUGUACAAUGAUCGCAAGCAAAACAAGGGUAGCGCCAUUGAAACUAAUAUCCAUUCCCCGUUUAGAACUGAAAGCAGCACUUCUAGGGGCUCGCCUCGCCAAACAUGUUAUCGAAUCGCACUCUAUCCACAUUGAUAAUUGCGUUUACUGGUCAGAUUCCCGAACGGUAUUAGCGUGGCUACGAUCCGAUCACCGGCGCUACAAACAAUUUGUAGCCUUCCGGGUUAGUGAAAUUUUAGAGCUGACCGACGUCAAGGAAUGGCAUUGGCUUCCAUCUGAGGAAAACGUGUCCGACGAAGCAACCAAAUGGGAUGGUGAUCCAGAUUUUUCUAACGACAGUCGAUGGUUUAGAGGGCCAUCAUUCUUGUACCUCUCUCCUGAUAAGUGGCUUAUGUCUGACGAAUUGCAGUGCAUUGCAACUGAAGAACUUCGUCCACAGUUUACUGGAUUUCAUCACCCAACCUCAAAACAACAUCAGGUAGUACCAGAACCGCUGAGAUUUUCAACUUGGAACCGUCUACUUCGUGCAACAGCUAUGACAAUGUAUUGUGUUCGGCUCUGGCUAAGCACUAUCCGAGAUAAUCAACCUGUUGGUAAUGGACCAACUACUGAAGAUUUUCGUAAAGCGGAAUGUUAUCUUUGGAGAAAGGCUCAACACGACAACUUCGGAGACUCUAUCGCAUCUCUAGAAGCCGGAAAGCCAGUUGACAAAUCCAGCAAUAUUCUGAAGCUAUCACCUUAUCUGGAUGAUCACGGCGUUUUGAGAAUAAAUGGUAGAGUUAAGAUAACAGGGCGGCCAGAUCAAAUAUUACUGCCCUCAAAUCAUCAUAUUACGUACCUGAUCAUUAACCACUUCCAUGUAAAGUAUCAUCAUGGAAACUUGGAAACAGUGGUGAAUGAGAUAAGGCAAUCCUAUUGGAUCAUAAAACUACGAACAGUCGCUAAUAAGAUUCGACGCAUUUGUCAGCACUGUAAAAACAGAACAUCUCAACCUCGGCCACCCAUGAUGGCCUCUCUGCCCGCAUUCCGGACCUCAGAAUUUAGUCGACCGUUCUCCUAUGUAGGCGUUGACUACUUUGGUCCCCUCCUGGUUACGGUAAAAAGAAGUACCGAGAAGAGAUACGGAAUAUUAUUUACCUGCCUAACAACCAGAGCAGUGCAUCUCGAAAUCGCAUACUCACUCUCGACAGACUCCUGCAUUCUAGCUGUACGUAACUUUAUGGCUCGCCGAGGUAGUCCGGUAGAAAUAUGGAGUGAUAAUGGUACAAACUUUAAAGGUGCUGAGAAGGAGUUGAAGUUAGCAUUUCAACUAAUAGAUAAAAAUCCCAUAACAAGAACAUUUACUUCUGCUGCAACCAACUGGCGUUUUAAACCACCAGCUUCGCCACAUAUGGGCGGAGCGUGGGAACGGUUAAUUCGGUCAGUAAAGCAGGUGCUUAAACAAAUUUUGACAACUAGCCGUCCCAGUGAUGAACUUCUUCGUGCAGUCUUAAUGGAAGCGGAAAUGACGGUGAACUCUCGGCCAUUAACUUAUAUCCCGAUCGACCACGAAGAGGAAGAAGCACUCACUCCUAACCACUUCUUGUUAGGUAGCUCCAGUGGAGUGAAGCCAAUCGCGGAACCAGUUACUGAGAACAUUUUAUUGCGUCGUAACUGGCAAACAUCGCAGCAACUAGCAAGCGCCUUCUGGAGACGUUGGAUAGUGGAGUACUUGCCCACCAUAACCAAGCGAAGUAAAUGGUUUACAGAUGUAAAAGCAAUCGAAGUCGGUGAUAUAGCAUACAUAGUUGAUCCUAAUAAUCCACGGAACUGCUGGCCUAAAGGCAGAGUGAUCCAAGUACGAAAGAGUGAAGAUGGAAAGGUCAGAAGCGCCACUCUGAAGACUGUCUGUGGCAUCUUUGAGAGACCUGCCGCCAAAAUAGCCGUUCUAGAUGUGAUUAAUUCGGUACACCCUGAUCAGCAGGAUAUACCGGGGGGGAGUGUUACGAACGAUCUGGCAGCAUGA